AUGGGGACGCGCGCCGAGGCGCUGGCGACGCUGGAGCGCACGCGGGAUGGGUUCAUCGCGCGCGUGCGACCGGCUGGGACGUCUGCGGUGGGACACGGCGCGGAGCGCGCGCGCGUGGAGGCGCGGAGACGGGCGAUGCGAUGGGCGAGCGACGACUCGGAGUGGACGGCGACGCGAUCGACGCGGGCGACGAACGAUGACGAGACCCUGGCGCUGAUGCGAGAGAUGGUGGAUGAUCGUGAGAGCGGGUCGAGGGAUGGAUACGAUCUGGCGUACGCGCUGUUGCGGGAGAGGGGAGAGCGACACGCGCGGGCGACGGCGGCGUGCGCGUAUUGGCGCCUCGAACGUCGACGCGGCGUCGCGAGUCGAUUCGCCCGGUUCGUCGAGGCGCGAGGGAUCGAGUUCGUGACCCUAGAUGUGUGGCGACAGAUGCGGGAUUUUGUUCUCGCGUGUGAGACGUUCGGGGAGGAUGGAUCGUGGUACGCGGAGGACGACGCGUGGCCGACGCUCUUGGACGACUUCGUCGCGAGCGAACGCGCGAGAAACCCUCGGGCGUUUUCGAGGGCGACGCCGAGCGCGGAGGAUGAGCGAAUCGAUGCGGGCGACGACUUGGCGCGGUCGGGUGCGGGCGCGGCGCUGGAUGCGACGCGCGCGCGGGAGGUUUCGUUGGCGACGUUUCGAGAGAGUAGAAAGCGUCGAGGCUCGGCGGACCUCGUUCUCGGUCUUUCCGAGGAUUUCGAGCGCGAUUUAGCGAUGGAACUGUGUCCACCGAAGCGCGUGUGCUCGGAGAUGGAUCUCGACGGGUUGUGA